AUGAGCUCUCGCUUCAAGAGCUUAGCCUUCGGUUCCAAACGAAAGAGUAGUGCUAACAUCCAAACCGCCUCCGUCGCCUCACCCAACGGUUCCACCUCCACCGCUGGGACUCCUCCCAGUUCCUCCCAAACCAGUUUGCCUCCCAUGAAUCAGCCAGGCGCUCCCGGUCGUCCUCCAAGCUAUUCCUACAACAACGUCCAAGGUCGUCCCCAAUCCCCCAUGCCACCUGGCCAGAGCCAGAUGGCGCACCAUCCUGCGCCUAUCGACACCAGACAGGGUUACGUGGGAGGUGCUCCUCAACUCGGUCCUCCACAACCCCCGGGAUAUGGUGGUGCAUAUGGACAAAUGGCUCCUCAGCCCGGCAUUCAGCAUAUGGCCAAUCAGUUUGGUCCUGGAGGUCGUCCAGCUGAGGUUGAAGGCGCGGGUCGCAGCAAGGCUCAGCUUAUCGUGGGCAUUGAUUUUGGGACCACCUUUUCCGGCGUGGCAUUCGCGUUUGCGACAAAUACAGAAGCAAAGGAGGAUAUCAUAACCGAAUGGCCUGGCGCAGGCAACCAGACGAAGCAAAAGAUUCCUACCGUCCUAUACUAUGAUCAGUACCAAAAAGUCGUCGGAUGGGGCCCCGAUAUUGCUGACGCCCUCGCUCCGACCGGCUACCCCAAGCCAGGGGUUCAAAAGGUGGAAUGGUUCAAACUCCAACUCAUGCUCUCCGGCAAUACCUACAUAGAUCCUAUCAACCUCCCUCCUCUUCCUCCGGGGAAGUCCGAGAUCGAUGUCGCCGCCGACUAUCUGUUCAAACUUCGGCAAGCCAUGCGGGUGCAACUCCAAAAAACCCUCGGGGAGGUCUUCAAUCGGGAAGAACGCAACAUCAGAUACUUCUUGACCGUGCCUGCUAUCUGGAACGACGCAGGAAAAGCAGCUACCAGAGCAGCGGCCAUUCAAGCCGGAUUUAUCCGCGACGAGAACGAUAACCGACUCACCCUGGUCACAGAACCGGAGGCCGCGGCCAUGUUCUGCUCCAAAACCGGUCUCCUCAACCUCAAGAUUCAUGAUGCCGUCCUGAUCGUCGAUUGCGGUGGUGGUACCGUCGAUUUGAUCGCCUACGAAGUCGAAGAAGAAACUCCUUUCACGGUCGCUGAAUGCACCGCCGGGAGCGGUGAUUCUUGUGGUUCCACCGCGCUCAACCGAAAUUUCUCCAACAUUCUCCGUGCAAAGAUCAGGAAAAUGAAGUUGCCCGACGGGUCCAAGACCGCGGGUCGGGUUUAUGCCAAAUGCAUCAUGGACUUUGAAAACAGAAUAAAGGCUGAUUUCCGCAACAACGGCCAAAAAUGGGCGGUGGACGUUGGUAUUGAAGCCGAAUUCCCUGAAGCCGGCAUCGAGGAGGGCUACAUGACGUUCACCAACGAGGAAAUCUUGCAAUGCUUCGAGCCGGUUGUCAACCGCAUUCUCGAACUCGUGCGCAACCAAAUUAUCGCCAUCCAGGCACAAAAUAGAUCCUUGCAGAAUGUCCUGGUGGUCGGUGGUUUCGGUGCUUCCGAAUAUCUUUUCCAGCAAAUCAAGCUCCACGUUCCUCCCCAGUUCCAGUCUAAAGUCGUUCGACCCAUGGAUUCGGUUGCGGCAAUCGUGAAAGGCGCUGUCACGGCCGGCAUCACCGAAAGAGUCAUCACGUCCCGUGUCGCCAGAAGACAUUACCUCAUGGCGACAUUGCAACCAUUCAAAGAAGGCCAUCACCCCGAACAAUAUCGUGUCCCUAGUCUCGACGGCAAAGACCGAUGCAAGUACACGCGGCAGAUCUUUGUGCAAAAGGGCGAGAGGGUCAAGAUUGGCGAACCUGUCAAAGUUUCAUUCUUCCGACAAGUUGCACCAGGAGCCACAUUGAUGUAUGAGGAUAUUCUCUAUGCUUGUGAUGAGGAUGUUUGCCCCGAAUACACGAAAGAUCCUCGAAUCAAAGAAGUUGUCACUCUCACUUCGGACCUGUCGAGAAAGAACCUCGAGAAAGAUUUUGAACGAAUGGAUACUCCACAAGGAACAUUUUACCGGGUCUACUUCGAUAUUUAUCUCACUCUCGAUGGUUCCGAGUUCAAUGCCGAAUUGGUGUGCCAGGGAGAAGUCAUGGGUAGAUGUACCGCCAGAUUCCGAUGA